ACACACACCCCAUUCUCCUCUCCUACAUUCUCAACCACAGUGUCUUAUGGACACUACAAGAGACAACAACAACAACAAUCAAGUUAUUUAUCAACUUGGGAUGAGAAAUGUAGCACAUUGGCACCAUCUAAAGUGGUUGUUAUUCCUGAUUCUGCUGCUGCCAUUGAAGCCAGUUUUGUGUGAUGACCAUUGGGAUGGAGUGGUUGUCACACAAUCAAACUUCUUAGCCCUUCAAGCAUUCAAGCAAGAACUCAUUGACCCAAAAGGCUUCUUGAAAAGCUGGAAUGACAGUGGCUAUGGAGCUUGUUCAGGUGGUUGGGCUGGAAUCAAGUGUGCUCAAGGACAAGUCAUUGUGAUCCAGCUUCCAUGGAAGGGUUUGAAGGGACACAUCACUCAGAAAAUUUCCCAACUUCAAGGCCUCAGAAAACUAAGUCUUCAUGACAACCAAAUUGGUGGUUCAAUCCCUUCAUCAUUGGGGCUUCUUCCCAAUCUAAGAGGUGUUCAACUCUUCAACAACAAGCUAACUGGUUCUGUUCCUCCUUCAUUAGGGUCUUGUCCUUUGCUUCAAUCUUUAGACCUCAGCAACAAUUUACUCACUGGUCAAAUCCCUUAUACUCUUGGGAAUUUAACCAAGCUUUAUUGGCUCAACUUGAGCUUCAAUUCCUUCAAUGGUUCAAUACCAUCUAGCUUAACUAGUUUACCUUCUUUGACUUUCCUUUCUCUUCAACAUAAUAAUCUCUCAGGUUCAAUUCCUAACUCAUGGGGUGGUAAAAAUGGUUUCUUUAAGCUCCAGAAUUUGAUCUUAGAUCACAACUACUUGAGUGGAACCAUUCCUUCUUUGGGAAGCCUAGUUGAACUCAGAGAGGUUUCUCUUGGUAAUAACAAUUUUAGUGGAGAAAUACCAUUUGAAAUUGGAAAACUUUCUAGGCUCAAGACAUUAGAUUUUUCUAACAAUGCAUUCAAUGGAAGCUUGCCUGCUACUAUAUCAAAUUUAUCCUCACUCACUCUGUUGAAUGUAGAGAACAACCACUUUACUAGUCAAAUCCCAGAAGCUUUAGGAAGAUUACACAAUCUUUCUGUUCUAGUUUUGAGUAGAAACCAAUUUGUUGGUCACAUUCCUCAUAGUAUUGGAAACAUUUCAACACUUAUGCGACUUGAUUUGUCGCUAAAUAACAUCAGUGGCGAAAUUCCAGAUUCCUUUGUGAAUCUAGCUAGUCUUAAUUCCUUCAAUGUUUCUUACAACAAUCUAUCUGGUCCUGUUCCCACAUUACUUGCCAACAAAUUUAACUCAAGCUCAUUUGUGGGAAAUAUUCAAUUAUGUGGCUAUAGCCCUUCAAAUCCAUGUCCUUCACAAGCUCCUUCACAAGGAGUCAUAGUCCCAACUCCUGAAUCAUCUAAACAACAGCAUCAUAAGAAACUAGGCAUCAAAGACAUAAUUCUUAUAGUGGCAGGGGUGCUCCUUGUAGUCCUGGUAACAAUUUGCUGCAUCCUGCUAGUCUGCCUUAUCAGAAAAAGAUCAACAUCAGAUACGGAACAUGGCCGGGCUGCAAUGAGAGCUACCACAACAAGGACAGGGAAGGGAAUCUCUCCUCCAGCUGCAGCCGGUGAUGUCGAAACUGGUGGUGAGAAUGGAGGGAAACUAGUCCAUUUCGAUGGACCAUUGGCUUUUACUGCCGAUGACCUCUUGUGUGCAACAGCAGAGAUAAUGGGAAAAAGCACCUAUGGAACUGUCUACAAGGCUACAUUGGAGGAUGGAAGCCAAGCUGCAGUUAAGAGAUUGAGGGAAAAGAUCACAAAAAGUCAGAGAGAAUUUGAGUCUGAAGUUGCUGUGUUAGGGAGAAUUAGACAUCCAAAUCUUUUGGCACUAAGAGCUUAUUACAUGGGACCCAAAGGAGAAAAGCUUCUUGUGUUUGAUUACAUGCCUAAUGGAAGUCUUGCUUCCUUCUUACAUGCCAGAGGACCAGAAACAGUGAUUGAUUGGCCAACAAGGAUGAGAAUAGCGCAGGGCAUGGCACGUGGCUUGUUCCACCUUCACUCUCGUGAGAACAUCAUACAUGGGAACCUCACCUCCAGCAAUGUGUUGCUUGAUGAGAGCACAAAUGCCAAGAUAGCUGACUAUGGUCUUUCCAGGUUGAUGACAGCUGCGGCUAACUCCAAUGUGAUUGCAACGGCCGGAGCAUUGGGGUACCGGGCGCCGGAGCUUUCAAAGCUGAAGAAAGCCAACACGAAAACCGAUGUAUACAGCCUUGGUGUUAUCUUGUUAGAACUCCUAACGGGUAAGCCACCGGGUGAGGCUAUGAAUGGUGUGGAUUUGCCACAAUGGGUUGCCUCUAUUGUGAAGGAGGAGUGGACUAAUGAGGUGUUUGAUGUUGAGUUGAUGAGGGAUGCAUCAACAAAUGGGGAUGAGUUGCUCAACACUUUGAAGCUUGCUUUGCACUGUGUUGAUCCUACUCCGUCGGCGCGGCCAGAAGCACAGCAAGUGCUCCAGCAGCUGGAAGAGAUUAGGCAAGAGGUAGUAUCAGCCAGUUCUGGUGAUGAUGGAGGCAUCCCUUCAACUAGCGAAUGAUAUUAAGUAGUGUGUUAGGGGUGCUAUAACAAGUUUUGUAGUUGCCUUUGUUCUUUGGUCUUUAGUUAGUAGAAGUGGGUAGGACUUAAGUGUGUCGUCAAUUCUUUCAUUCUUGUGUUAAUUUUUGCCUGUUUGAUUGUUUGUCUGUAAAUACUGCUGUUGAUUAAGUAAGUGUUUCUACCUUAACACUUCAUUUGAUAAUGGAAAUUAGUUCUUCCGAAA